AUGGCGUUUAUCGAAGGCGUGGGUGAUGAGGUGACACUCCUGUUCGCUCUGGUUCUUCUCCUCUCCGUCGUGGUCUUGGCGUGGAUCUCCACUCACACAUCAGAGCGGAGCAGCACUCAUUGGUCAUCUCCCUCAUCAGGUGUUCCCGAGGAAGAACAGGGCGGAGCCGGCACAGAUGGCCCAUGUAUCUCUGAUGACCUUCUGUCCACUACGGAGGCCACCUUAGAUAACCGUCCACCAACCCCCGAUAUUCCCAGCGACUCUUCUGAAGGAACCUCCUCUGAGAGCCCCCAGGAGCCCCCCCUGGGUUCUGAUCCCACCAACGGGGAACCACCUGUGAAUGACCCGCCCACACUGAGAAAUCGAGGGCCCGGGGCCCACUCAGAAAGUACAGACAGAAUAUCUCUGCGCUUAAAGUUCUUGAAUGACACGGAGCGCGUGGUGCCCGUCUGUCUGUCUGACACCGUCCUGCACAUCAAGAGGACACAGUUUCCCGGCCAGGAGGGUCACGUCCGUCUCAUCUAUCAGGGGCAACUCCUUCGGGAUGAUUCUCAGACUGUGGCGUCUCUUCAGCUGACGGAUGGGUGUGUGGUGCAUUGUCACAUCUCCCAGCAUGCACCAUCUCCUGGACAGAGUAGUAGCGACCUUCCUGAGGUUCCUCUGAACAUUGGUACUCUCCUGGUCCCUUUAUUAGUCCUAAUUUUAGCCUUACUGUGGUACUGCCAGUUUCAGUACCUCUUCAUAUCUUCACUGCCACAGCCACUGUGUGCCUGGGAGCCAUCACUCUGCUUGUCAUCGUCAUAACAUUCGCCACGUACCGUGGAUAG